AUGUUAAAAUUUUUUGCGUAUUGUAUUUUACCAGUCAUUUCUGUUGGUGAUUCUUGUCUACAAAAAAUCGUCGUUUGUCAGGAGGACGACGACCUGCCGUAUGAAGAGGACAUUCUUCGCAACCCGUUCUCGAUCAAAUGUUGGCUGCGAUACAUCGAACACAAACGACAGACGUGCCAGAACGUGCGUUCUAUCUACCAGUUGUAUGAACGAGCUUUGCACGAGCUGCCGGGCAGCUACAAGCUGUGGUACGAGUACCUUUCGAUGAGGCAACGGGAAGCGUGCGGUUUCUGCAUCACCGAUCCGAUUUACGAAGAGGUCAAUCACUGUUUCAAAAGAGCGCUGAUUUUCAUGCAUAAGAUGCCAAGAAUAUGGUUGGAAUACUGUGAGUUUAUGAUUCGUCAAAGGCUGAUCACAAAGACACGUAACGUUUUUGACCAGGCAUUGCGCGCACUGCCGGUCACUCAGCACGACCGCAUCUGGCCUUUGUACCUGAAGUUCGUUCAAGACCAUAACAUACCAGAGACGGCGGUUCGUGUAUUUCGGAGGUACCUAAAGUUGUUUCCGGAAGAGUCCGAGGCUUACGUCGAGUAUCUGAAGUCGAUCGAUCGGUUAGACGAGGCUGCGCAGAGGCUAGCCACGAUCGUUAACGAUGAAGGCUUUGUGAGUCGCGAGGGAAAAACUAAUCAUCAGUUGUGGCAGGAUCUUUGUGAUCUCAUUGCGAAAAAUCCCGACAAGGUCACGUCGCUAAAGGUGGAACCAAUUAUUCGCCAAGGUAUCAAGAUGUACACGGAUCAGGUGGGCAGUCUGUGGUGUUCACUGGCCGACUACUACAUUCGCGGCGGACAUUUCGAGAAGGCACGCGAUAUUUACGAAGAAGCUGCGCAGACCGUAGUUACAGUGCGCGACUUUACACAGGUGUUCGACGCUUACGCGCAGUUCAUGGAGCUGUUAAUUAGUUCUGCAAUCGCAGAUCUGCAGAAGCAUAACUUGGUCGAUAACGAACAAGACGCAAUCGAGCUGGAUCUGAUGAUGGCAAGGUUUGAAAACCUAAUGGAUAGGCGUCCUCUACUGCUGAACAGUAUCCUUCUCCGUCAGAACCCGCAUAACGUUCAUGAAUGGCACAAGCGCGUAGACCUUCUCAAAGAUGAUGAGAAAAAGGUGAUCGAAACUUUCACCGAGGCGGUGCAUACGGUCGAUCCUAAACUCCAGGUCGGAAAGUUGUACACACUUUGGGUCCGUUUUGCCAAAUUUUACGAAAAGAAUGGCCAACUUGACGAUGCGAGACAAGUUUUCGAACAAGCGUUGAAAGUAUCGUACACCAAGGUUGAAGAUCUGGCAGCCGUGUAUUGCCAGUUGGUCGAAAUGGAACUCAGAAACAAAAAUGUUAAGAACGCUUACUUGGUGAUCAAAAGAGCGGUUACGCCUCCAGCCGCGAAAGUGCACUAUUUUGACCAGGCGAGUUUGGUUUAUGUCACAUCUGCUAUGAUCAUAUGUUUUUUGGGCAACCUCAGGUGCAUGUUUCAGACUGAACCUGUUCAGAAUCGUGUCUACAGAUCGCUGAAAAUUUGGAGUCUGUUUGCCGACAUGGAGGAAAGCUUUGGAACAUUUGAGUCGUGCAAAGCCGUAUACGAUCGCAUAAUCGAAAUGCGAAUCGCUACUCCGCAGAUGAUUAUCAACUACGGAUUGUUUCUUGAAGAACACAAGUUUUUCGAAGAAGCGUUCAGGGCGUACGAGAAAGGCAUCGCGCUGUUCAAAUGGCCGAAUGUGUAUGAGAUAUGGAACAAUUAUCUAAUCAAGUUCAUGGAACGAUACGGUGGUAAAAAGCUGGAACGUGCGCGGGAUUUGUUUGAACAAUGUUUGGAAAACUGUCCCCCGGAAUUUGCGAAAGUGGUUAGCGGCUCAUAUUUUGAUUCCUUCUUUUCAGACAUAUACCUACUGUACGCUAAGCUCGAGGAGGAAUAUGGCUUGGGCCGGCAUGCGAUGAACAUCUAUAACCGUGCCACCGAGGCCGUGACGAAAGACGAAAUGUAUAGUGUUUUCAACAUAUACAUCAAAAAGGCGGCUGAAAUAUACGGCGUCACUCAGACGCGUCCUAUUUACGAAAAAGCCGUAGCCGUCUUGCCAGACAAUCAUGCUCGUGAAAUGUGUCUUCGGUUUGCUGAACUGGAACGCAAGUUGGGAGAGAUCGAUAGAGCAAGAGCGAUAUACGCCCACUGUUCUUCAAUGUGCGAUCCAAGGAUCCAUGAAGAGUUUUGGCAGGUCUGGAAGGAGUUUGAGGUAAAGCAUGGCAAUGAAGAUACGGUUCGCGAAAUGCUGCGGAUUAAGCGCAGUGUUCAAGCGACCUAUAACACCCAGAUUAAUUUCAUGUCGGCACAGAUGCUCGCCGCGGCCAGUGGUCAGAUGAAGACCAGUAUGUGCGUCACUGUUGUUUGUCACUUGCUAACGGCCAUGUUCAAUUUAGCCGAAGAAAUGACCGCUGGUGACAGCAUGGCCCUCCUCGAGGCUAAGGCACAGCAGCUGGCCGAGGAGGCGUCGAAGGGCGGCCAGAAGUCCAAGGUGUCCGCCAUCAGUUUCAUCAGCGGCGAAACGAUGCACGACCAACAUCGCGGAGCUGGAACACGGGUGGUCGAAGAGCGAAAUCCGGAUGAGAUCGAUUUAGACAUGUUGAACGAACUUGAGGUCGAAAAACAAACAGUGCCGUCAGAAGUUUUUGGAAACCUUGCGAACGAUGAAGAAGUUACGUAG